AAAACAGGUGGCCAAACGCCAAAAAAAACCCCCAAAUAACCUCCAAAAUUCUCUCGAAAUUUGUGUAUUUUUCCAUUUGUCUUUUAUUACUACUUCUCAUUUUUUCAUUCUGUUUAAGCACCUUUCGUCUUCCCCUCCAUAGCUUCCUUCUUCGUUCGCUUUCAGUCUCAAUUCCGCAAAAAAGAUCAUCUUUGUUGCUUUUGCUGUUUCAGAUUUGUGCUCAACUUGAAAUUUAACAGUUUAAUUCAGGCUAUUUUUUGCCUGAAUUAUGAAACCCGCCACUAGUUACGAAGUAUAGUUUUAAGGUUUCAUGGAGCUUGAUUCAGCAAUGGCACUUAAAGAACAGCAGCAAAGACAGAACACCUUUGUCCAGGUUCUUAAUAUAGAGAAGCAGUUACUGGCAUCGAUUCAUACAAAAGGUCUGCUGCAUAAAGAUGUUCAAGAAUUGUACCACCAAGUGAGAGAUGGUUAUGAGAGUGUCAUUCUGAAUGAUCAUGAUGCCAUGGAGCUCCAAGAAGUUGAACACCUUUUGUGGAAGCUUCACUAUAAGCACAUUGAUGAGUUUCGUAGGAGCAUUCGACCAAGACCAUCCAGUGGAGAGGUUAUUAAAGGAGAAGCUCCCCGAGUUGGUGCUGAAACAUCUCGUAACAUUAAUAGACAUGUUGAAGCUUUUAAGUCAUUUCUGUCAGAGGCAGCUGAAUUUUAUCAGAAUCUUAUAAGGAAGUUCAGAGAAAUUUGUGGUCUGCCAGGGGAACUCUUUAUUCAUAAGAAUAGGGCCAGUCUGAAAUCUGUGGAAACUAUGAAAUUGAACAAGUGCCGAUUUACCUGCCAUCGCUUCCUAAUAUGUCUUGGCGAUAUUGCCAGAUAUGGGGAGCUUUUCAAGAAACAGGCUGACUCUAAAUGGUUGGUAGCAUUUACUUGCUAUGUGGAAGCAAGCAGAAUAUGUCCAGCUAGUGGCAAUCCUCAUAAUCAGCUAACUUUAUUGGCAACAUAUGUCAAUGAUUCUUUCCUUGCUUUGUAUCAUUGCACAAGAAGUUUGGCUGUUGAGGAACCAUUUCCUGAUGCCUGGAAUAACCUCAUGCUACUCUUUGAAGAGAGCAAGUCAUUUCAGGUUACCUCACUUUCUAAUGGGGAACAACUUGAUUUCUUGAAACCAUAUGAGAAAAUCUCAUUGCAUUUGGCAUCACAAUCUGCUGAUGAUUCUUCAGAUAACAGUAAUUUGGAAAGUGCAAAUGGACUUUCUGAUACGAGCUCUGCACUUUGGCCACUUUUUGUCAGAUUGACAAGUUUCUUUCUACGGAGAUCCAGUUUGGAGGAAUUCCCGGGUGUUGUUUCUUCCAUUGUCAAACAUAUGGAGGCUUUUGUACAACUAGAUGAUGAGCAACUCAUGUCUGCUCUCAACUCAUAUAAGCUGAUAGAUUCAUCCAGGAGAGGCCCUUUUCGUGCACUUCAACUCGUUUCUGUAUUUAUCUUCAUCUUACAUACCCUAUCUAGAGAACCUCAAUGGGUGAAGUUGAAUGGAGACCAUCAGGAGCAAGAAUCUUCUCUGACACAGUUGGCCCUUGUUGCUACAUUCAUUUGCAUUGCUCGCCUAGUUGAGAGAUGUGUACAAGGAAAUCAACUUGAAAACUGCCCUCUUUUACCCGCUGUCAUGGUUUUUGUUGAAUGGCUGGAGGGAACACUGGACACAUUAGAAGCACAUGCUACUGAUGAGAAGGUGAUUUGUGCCAUCUCCUAUUUCUUCAGUGUACUCACAGAUCUACUUAACAGACUGGGCAUUAGCGAAGCUGCACUUGCUUCGGAUGAAUCAGCCCUUUGGGAAGAUCAUGAGUUGAGGGGUUUUGAACCUAUCUUGCCUGCUCACAUUUCUCUGAAUUUCACAACUCACUGGGAAUGGACAGAAAAUUUGAAUAGCAAGCGUUCUCAACGCCUCUUUCAGUCAGGAAUGAGAAUUGCAAACCAAUCAAAUUAUAGUCGACCAUGGAUCUCUUUUGAUAGAAAAGGAAUGAAAUUCUACACCAAGGAGCAUCAUGAAGAAAAUCAUAGGAAAGCUCAAGUUGAAGAAAAGAAUUCAUGUGGGGAAAGACAAAAUCAAGGUAGCUCACCUGCUCCUACCGAAGAAGAAGAAAUAAUUCUCUUCAAGCCCAUUAUACGACACAACUCGGCACCACUAUGCAAGUAUAUCAAAAAUGAGGAUCAACUUCGUAUAAGAGAACUGAAGGAGCCAAGCAAAUCUGCUGAUGAAAGCUUGCGUCGAGCGACAUCAAUGUUUCUUGGGCAAAACCAGCCACCAAGUGAUCGAUUAGGUGUUCCCUCUGACACCUCGAGUUUAAGGUAUAGCAAACCACUUAAGCAGCAGGAUGCUCUCCCAACUUUUGCUGCUGGACCUCCCUCCCUUAAUGCCUGGGUAUUUGAUAGAGAAAAUGCUAACUACGAGUUACAGCCAGGGUUCAAGAAUUUCAAUAAACAUGACUUGAGCCCUAUUCAGGAAGUAGCUGUUGAAUCCUUGGCCAGUCUGUUAAUUGAUGACACCAAUGACUCAGCUUCUGAUGCUGUCCGUGUUACAACAAAUACACAAAAUGCUCCUCCUGCCUAUGUUGCUCCAGUGCCUUCGGCCCCUUUGUUGCCUGAUGAUGCCACUUGGUUUAGGGGCAAUUCAUCAGGUUUUGUUGAUUACAACAGCACCGUGGGGAGUAGGGAGGCUGAUGGUAUACUCGGUGCUGCGCCAACCAGUUUAUACCCCAGUGUGUCUGCACCACAUGGACCACUGGAUUUCAGCCCUGUUCUUCCAGGAUUAGUACAUGGAUAUCCUCCGGUCAUGGGAAUGAGCUCCUCCGAAUGGCUUUAUCACUACAGAAAUAGUCACAAACUUGAGCAAGCUAACAAUCAUAUAUGGCCAGUGAAUGUGAAUGGACCAGGACCUCCAUUAAGUUAUCACGCCAGUGAUAUCUCGAGGUUUGAUCUUUUCAAUCAAUGGGGACAGCCUGUAGGUUCUGCUUCAGCAUUCUACAUGGAGAGCCCUCCAUUGCAUCCAGUUUCUCCUCUUGUUUAUGGUGCAGAUGAACGAAGAACUGAUAACCUCCUCAAUUACCCAAGACCAUCACCAUAUAUAUGUGGUGCGGUUACUGACACUAGAGCCGAGCAACCGCCACUUCUGCAAUAUCUCAAGGAGAAAGAAUGGCAACUACACUCUCCUCAAAGAAGUCCAACAUUUCUGGGGAACUGAACUAAUCUGGUGAUUUGAAGUUUGUGUUCUAUGUUCAUGAAGUUGUCUUUGCUUCAUCAUGAUUGAUAGCAUCACGAGGAUGAAAUAUCUGUGCCGGGUUACAAGUACCCAAAUUGAGUGUAUUACACCUGAAAUGUAAAUAUGUGUUUCUACAUUGUACUUGAGAAGUGAUAAAUCAUAUGAGGUUGAGAGUAGCUAUCGGCGAGCCCUCUUUUCAUCUUUCAGUUUUCAUGACGGAUGAAUGCUUGCUCUCCAUUUGUAAAGGUUCCAAGAAUAUGUUACAGGCUUAUAGCUGCAGUUUGCAAAUAUCUUACGGUUCAAAUGGUUCCAUUCCAACGUAGCAUCAUUAAAUUACCUCAUCUUAAUAAUACAACAAACUAGAUAGGAAUUUUAGAAUGAAAAUAAUACUUUAUACGAUUUUAAAGUUAUUCAUUGGGC